AUGGGGACGAUUCGAUUACUUUGGACUUGCGGAGGCCUACCGGGCGAGGACUCGGCACCCAAACCCAGUGAGGAGUCUACAACUUCGCUUGAGAGGAGGCCGAGGCUGCUGGGCUCUAGGUGGCCGCCCUGGGGCCGCUCCGAAGGGGCUAAGCCGGCCGCAUCUUCAACCAUGGUAGCGCCCGCCGUGUUGCGCGCUCUGCGCAAGAACAAGACCCUACGCUACGGGGUCCCUAUGUUGUUGCUGGUUGUUGGAGGUUCCUUUGGUCUUCGUGAAUUUUCACAAAUCCGAUAUGACGCCGUGAGGAUUAAGGUUGAUCCUGAAUUGGAAAAAAAAUUGAAAGAGAAUAAAAUAACUUUAGAGUCAGAAUAUGAGAAAAUAAAGGACUCCACUUUUGAAGACUGGAAGAAUAUUCGAGGCCCAAGGCCUUGGGAAGAUCCUGAACUUCUCCAAGGACGAAACCCAGAAACCCUUAAGCCUAAGGCAGCCUGACUGUGCUCAGUCUUUCAAUAAAAUGUUCUUAACUGGACCUGCACUCCACUAGGAAGAAGAUUGCAGACCUGUGUAACCCUGGAUGUGGGUAAUGUGCUGGCAGAAUAUUUGGAUUAAAAAGUCAAGUGUAAGUCUU